ACGUUAGGCGUUAGUAUAUUGUGAAAUGUGAUACUAUAUAGUUAUUAGAUGAUUACCACUUGACAGAUCAAGGAAAACUUCAAGCAAUAUGCUUAUUUAAUGUGAUUUAUUAUCUCGUAAGUUUGUGAUAAUCAAGCAAAAAAAAAAAAUACACAAUGACUGUCAACGAUCCCAAUCAAGAAGAAUGUGGAGACAAAUCAGAUGAAACUGAAAAAAUGAGCCUAACCUCAUUUAUUGAAGAGGUACAAGAAAAGUUGAAUUUCAAAAAAGAAUUGAGAAUUUCAAAUCAAAAUGCCCUAAAUUCACGACCAAGUGACUCUCAUUUUAGUAAAUUGGAUUCAAGUUUAAAGAAAAACACUGCGUUUGUAAAGAAAAUUAGGAAUUUUUCCUCUGUUCAUCUUGAUAGUUACCUCAAAGAUAUGUUUGGAUUGAAUUUGUCGAAAUAUAUAUCGGAAGUGGCUGCUGCAUUAGUGGAAGCAAAACUCAAAAUGAAUGAUGUUCCUGCGGCAGUUAAAUUAUGUAGUAUCCUUCACCAAACUUAUAUAGAAUUUUCACAGCAUCUGUUCGAGAAUUGGCAGAAAGUAUUGGCGAUAAAGCUGGGGGAAAAGAUUCCCAAUCCAAGUAAAUUACGAGUCGAUUUAAGGUUUUACGCUGAUUUGCUACAAGCAGGAAUUUUCUCAAAUAAGAAUGCUCUAACCUUACUGGGAUCCGUUUUGAUGAAUCUAAUAAAUAUGGAUAAAGAAGACCAUUUCAAUGCUUCUAUUAUAUUGAGUUUUUGCAAACACUGUGGAGAUGAUUAUGCAGGCCUCAUUUCCAGACGUAUGCGAGAGUUAUCUAUCAAAUAUCAGAUGGAAAUUCCCCGAAGUGAUUUUUUACCGCCAGAAAAGAAACAAAAUGUUAGAUGUCUUUUGAAAGAUUAUUAUAUCUCUCUUAGUAAACAUUUGGUUAAAGACCACAUAGAAAUGCAAAAUUUUGAGAAACAGAAUAUGCGUAUUUUGCAAACCAAAGGUGAAUUAAGUCAGGAGAGGAAGGAAAAACUUGAGUCACUUCAGUCAGCUUACGAUAAACUUUUAACAAAUACCCAAAAUUUUUCUGAUAUUUUAGAUGAAGAUAUGCCGACGUUAAAAGUGCAAACCAUGCCAAAAAAUGAGGAGAGUAUGAUUGUGACUGGUUCAGGAACAGAUAUGGAGGACGUUACAGUUAAUAUAGAAAAUAUUUGGUGUGAUAUUGAAACACAGAGAUUUUAUUGUGAUCUUCCUGAACUGACUGUUUUUCUUCCUACAUCAUUUUUGAAUAAAGGGCAAACUCCACCGCCAGCAGAAACUGUAACGGAAGAAGUUCUUGAUUCAGAUUUGCCAGUUGAAGAUUUGGAAGAAGAAAGUAAAACAGAAGAACCUCCUGCAGUUGAGGAAGAAACAGAGGAUGUAGCAACAACAACAGCUAGUAAUAAAAUAGUUUUAGAAGCAUUUUUGAACAAUUUACCCAAUUGUGUCAAUAGAGAGAUGAUUGACAACGCAGCAAUAGAUUUUCUAGUAACGCUCAACACCAAACAUAACCGUAAAAAACUUGUCCGUAGUUUGUUUGCUGUGAAUCGUACCAGAUUAGAUUUGCUUCCAUUCUAUGCCCGCUUCGUAGCUAUUCUCCAACCAGCUCUGCCGGAAGUAGGAAAUGAACUGUGCCAAAUGCUGAGGCAAGAUUUCAAAUAUCAUGUUAGAAAGAAAGAUCAAAUAAACAUCGAAUCAAAGAUAAAAGUCGUUAGGUUCAUAGGAGAACUAGUGAAAUUCAAUUUGUAUUCAAAAAUAGAGGCACUUUACUGCCUAAAGGUUUUACUGCAUGACUUUUCCCAUCACCACAUAGAAAUGGCCUGUAAUUUACUGGAAGUUUGUGGAAGAUUUCUGUACUGUAGCCCUGAUUCUCACCAGAGGACAAAGGUGUACCUGGAACAGAUGAUGAGAAAAAAAUCUGUGAUGCCUUUAGAUUCGAGAUACGUUACUCAGAUUGAAAAUGCCUAUUACUAUGUCAACCCACCAGAAGUUGUCACGAUUGCGAAGAAGGAGAGGCCUGUCAUGCAUCAAUUCAUCAGAAAAUUGCUGUAUCAGGACCUACAGAAAAAUAACACAGACAAAAUAAUGAGACUGAUGAGGAAAUUAGAUUGGUCAAAUCGAGAGAUAUCUACCUAUGCAAUCAAAUGUUUGUCAGGAGCACACAAUCUCAAAUACUUCAACAUCAGAUGUCUGGCGAAUUUACUGGCAGGUCUUGUGGCUUAUCAAGAAGAAAUUGGAACAAAAGUUGUUGAUAACGUUUUGGAAGACAUUAGAUUGGGUAUGGAAGUGAAUCUACCAAAAUUCAACCAGCGAAGAAUUGCACAAGUCAAAUAUUUAGGUGAAUUGUAUAACUAUCGAAUGGUUGAAAGCUCCGACGUUUUCAAGAUUCUCUAUUCCAUUAUAUCAUUUGGGGUGUCCAUGGAUCCAACAGAAAUAUCUCCUUUGGACCCACCAAACCAACUGUUUCGAAUUCGGCUGGCAUGUGUCUUACUGGAAACUUGUGGUACUUAUUUCAGUAGCGGAAGCAGUAAAAAAAAACUUGACUACUAUUUAGUGUUUUUACAAGCUUACUACUGGUACAAGAAAAAGCUUUGGCAAGAAUCAUUUCCUCCGAUGUUAGAACAUCUUUUUAAAGAAACUUUGACAGCUCUCAGACCUAAACUGAAACUGUGUAAAAGUUACGAAGAAGCUGUAGAAGAGGUGAAUAAUAUUCGUACCACCCUCGGUAUUGAGAAACUAUUGGAGGUAGACAGCACAGUGUUGGAUGAAGAUGGGUUGGAUACCAUAGCCGAGGCAGACAACGAAGAAGGUGUGGACGACGAAACUUCUGAGGGAGUAACUGGACCAAUAACAGACGAUACCGCAACUGAAGAUGAAACAGUUGAUAAUACCCAAGGAUCAGAUGAUGAAGGUGAACCAAAUACAAGCGAGGCAGAACAAGAUCCAGUAUCAGAAUCUUUAGCCAUUCCUAAAGGCCCAAAUAGGGUAGAUUGUCCAGAAGAUGACGAGUUUUUAAACGCACUAGAUAAAAUGGUUUCUGAAAAUAUCCAGGAAAGAAUGAAAGAACCUAUUAAAGCUGGCAACGUUGACAUUUCGGUUCCGGUUGUUAUGAAAUCUAAUGUCAAGAAAACUUACGAACAACUUCAGGAAACACCUAGUGAGAACGAACAAGGGAAAAUUGGUUUCGUUUUGAUGGUACGUAAAGGCAAUAAGCAGCAGUACAAGCAAUUUGAGGCGGAGAUUGAUUCAGAAUUGGCCCAAAAUUUAAGAGAUCAAGAACAGGUUCAGAAAGAAGAAAAGGAGAAAGUAAAACGACUAACAUUAAAUAUUACUGAAAGGUUUGAAGAAGAAGAUUAUCAGGAGAUGAUUCAACAACAAAAUAGACCUGUUACACAAAACCUAAAUAGAGAACGUAAAAAAUAUCAACAUCCCAAGGGGGCCCCCGAUGCCGAUUUGAUAUUUGGUCCAAAGAAAGUUCGGUAGGAAGUGACAAAACGAAAAUUGGGUUUCAAACAUGUAAGCAUUACGCACUUUGUUGAACAAUGCGAUUUUUGGCAGAAUAGAAGAAUGUGACCCCAAGAUGGAGUUUCCUUCAAGAAUUUCAAGGGAUCCUGUAACAUUUUGAUUCGGUGAAAUAAUAUAUGUUUCAAUGGAUUAAGGCAAAAAAUUCGGAGUAAAUUUUUUAUUUUAUUUUCAAACAUACUUUGGACUUAUUAGGUAGAAAAUGCAAAGCUUUUUCCAGCAUACGUCUCACUAAGACUUCUGAGAUUCACUUAGCCUGAUUGUGGUAAAAGCAGUAUUGAAAGCCUUUUUUUGUACUUCUCUUAUUAAAUAAAAUACUAAACAGGAAA